AUGGCCAGUCCAGCAUUCUGGCUGCCUGGGAAGAUAUUUCCCUUCAAGGUGGGUAAAUGGGUGGGGCUUGCUUGUUUCCGGUCAUUGGUGGCCUCCUCACCCAAUAUUCGCCGGAAGAAACUAAUCCAUAAGCUGCAGGAGGAGAAGGCUUUUCGGGGAGAGAUAAAAAUUUUCUGUGAGAAAGUAGAAGACUUCAGGGAAGAGAUGUGGCAUUUCCGGGGCAAGAUCCGUGUUUUCUGGGACCAGAUCUUAGGUUUUUGGGAAGAAAAGAGACCUUUCUGGGAAGAGGAGAAAACCUUCUGGAAAGAUGAAAAAGCUUUCUGGGAAAUGGAAAAAUCUUUCCGGGAAGAAGAGAAAACCUUUUGGAAAAAGUACCAUAUCUUCUGGAAGGAGGAUAAUGCUUUAUGGGAAAGAGAUCAGAACCUUCUUCAGGAGGACAAGGCCCUGUGAGAGGAAGAAAAAAGCCUGUGGAUAGAGGAACGAGCUCUUCUUGAAGAGGAGAAGGCCCUGUGGGAGGAUAAAAAGUCACUCUGGGAGGAAGAGAAUGCCCUCUGGGAGGAGGAAAAAGCAUUCUGGGUAGAAGGUGGCGGUCAUAUUGCUGAGGUGCACUUACUUGAAAAUAGGCUCCACAGCCUCACUGGAGGGCCACGGUCACCAGGCUUCUCCCGAGGCCGGGCAUGA